AUGACUAUUCUAGAGGAGCUUAAUGAUUCAAGCAUUCCUCAGAGGCUAGAUAAUCACAUAUUUUUCGGCUCCGUACAUUCACUGACGCAUACAGAUUUCCUAGUAGAAAAUAACAUUAGGUUUUUCAUAAACGUUGAUUUAUCGACUGAACUAAUAUCACAUAUCUAUCAUGAGGUCCGCUCAAAGUUUGCCCAUGAAAUAGUAAUUGUCAACAUCGACAAUGACUCUCAAAUACCAAUAGAAAGCGAUUUGGUGCGUUCCUUCCAUUGGCACAACACUUCCCUUUUGCAACAAUUGAUCCAUCAUCUCGAUUUUCUCAGCGGUAUUAAUAAUCACGGCGAACCAUUAACUCCACCACCAGAAUCUCAUUACAGAAAUGCGUAUGUUCAAUUCGACCAUCCAAGUGACUCAGUAUCGAUAUUAGAUAAACUUUUAUAUGGUAAUAAGUCAGAAUACUCGCGUACAAAUAUUUUCCAAGUUACCAACGAAGCGAAGUUUCAAGUCUUCAACGACCUAAUUACAAUUUUCAAAUACUCUAUCGCUCAAGGCGGGAAUACCAAUAGUAACAUACUUGUUCUCUCAGAAAACGGCAGCACCGAUGAAAAUUUGAUAAGUUUACUGAUGUCUACCGUAUUGAAAGAAAACCCAACUUUCAACGUUUACCAGGCCCUCCAAUUCGUUAAGUCUAUUGCAGUAAUUCCUGAUACGGUAAGAGAUGAAAAAAUCUUAUGGGUCACAGGAUUUAUCAACUAUCAAGAAUUAAUCAAGAAAAAUGAAAUGUAUUGGGGCCUAGGUUCGCAAAAGGGUCGCAAACUUACGUCCUUUGCGUCCCCAAUAUCGAAAGUGGAAAGAAAACAAAGAAGACGUGACGACCAGAAUAUCAUGCGAUCAAAGCUACCACAACAGAGACAAAACCCCUUCUGCUCAACAGAGAGACCUAAAAGGGCUCGCUGCGAUUAG